AUGCAUAUAAUAAUUAUAAUUGCAUUCCUAAUUUAUCCGUGUAUUUGUGAUCCAAUUGUAAGAACAAGUUAUGGUGCAUUGAAAGGUUUGACAAUUGAAAGAGAAGAUGGAAAUCAUUAUCACACUUUUAAAAGUGUACCAUUUAUGAAGCCGCCAUUAGAUGAUUUACGAUUUGAACUUCCACAAAAACCAGAUCCUUGGAAAAAUAUCAGAGAUGCCUCAAAUUAUAGGUUAGUUGUUCACAAAAAAAAAAGAAUCUUAUAUUUUUUUUAUUCAGCCCAGCUUGUUUAACCCCAACUGAACGAAUAGAAAAAAUUCCUCAAAAUAUGAGUGAAGAUUGUUUGUAUGUUAACAUUUUCACAUCUGAAAAAUGUAUGAGAACUUCGGAUUGCAAUGUUAUAAUCUAUUAUCAUGGAGGAGGUAUAAAUCUCGAUUCAGCAAUAAUGUUCCCUGAUGAUUUUAUUUUGGAAAAAUAUGUGAAAGAAGGUUAGUUUUAUUGUUAUUUUAUAUCUUAUAUUGAAAAUUUCAGAUAUUGUAUUUGCAAUUCCUGCGUAUCGUUUGGGAGUAUUUGGAUUGUAUAAUUUUGGAGACGAGAAGAUCACUCAUCAGAAUCUUGCGUUUCAUGGUUUGUUUUGAAAUAUUCAUCAAAAUAAUAGAACUCAGAAAAGCAAAUUUUAGACUGUAUUAUGGCAUUGCACUUUUUACACAAUGAAAUUUCUAAUUUUGGAGGUGAUCCUGAAAAGGUGACCAUAAUGGGACAUUCUGCUGGAGCGAAUAUUGUUCUACAGUUGGCAACAAGCAGGUGGAAAAAUUCUCAAAUUAAAUAAAAAUAAAAUUUUUUCAGAUUAGUUGAUCCCGAUCGGAAAUUGUUCAGGCGAACGAUUGCUUUGAGUAUUGUACCAGGUUUCAAUAUUCCUGAAUUGUUUUAUCAUAAUGUUCAUGAAAUUACAAAGAGAAGCGGAGUAAGUAUAAUUUUUUUUUGUGAUUCUUUCAGCUGAUCUUUAUAGUGUGAUAACUCAACAAACAUUUCUGUCAAACUUGAGUGUAUGAAAAAGAAAGAUUUCAACGAUUUGCUGAAUGUUCAAAAACAACUGGAAAAAGAGGGAUUGAAAUUGUGGAAUUUUCUUAAUGGUCCACCAUUCAUGGAGAUAAAUGGAAACAUUUCAAAGUUUAUUGAGAAUUCUGUACCGCGAGAAUAUUUAUUUGGAUGUACAAAACUCGAAUAUGGUUUCAAAUCAUAUAUGUUAACUAAUCCAUCUGCAACCGGAAGAUUCUGGAAUUUUGAAAACCCAAUAGAAGUUGGCAAAUAUUUUGAUGAUCUUCAAGCUCAAAAUAAUUCUACAAUGUUCAACACAGGAGCUCAAUCUACAUUUGUGAGCAUGAUUUUAUAUGGAAAAGCAAUUAUUGAGAAUGGUGGAAAGGUCUACUUUUUUCAAUCAGAGUGAAUUUGAAAUUUUAUAUCAAAAUUUUGAUUUUUUUUUUGAAUUUCAGCCAAGAACCGCAUUCUAAUCAUGUUUCCGAUAUGCAAUAUUUUAUUGGUUUCCAUCGUGAGAAAUAUCAUACGCCUGAUAUGGAUAUACUAACUACUUUCUACAGUAAAAUGUUGGCUAACUUCACCAAAUACGGGAAUCCAUCACCGGGUUAGUUCAUUGAAGAAAACAAAGAUGCUGAUCACAUUCUUUUUCAGUUUGGGACCCACUUGAUCUAUCACGAAUGAAUUAUUAUUCGGUUUUAGUUGAUACAAAAAAUGAUAUUUGGCCAAGUAUGAAAGAAAAUUUUCAUGAAAACGAGUAUAAUUUGUGGAAGUAUAACAUCUCGGCAUUUGACAGAUAUGUCAGUGAACAGGUAUGUUUUCAAUUCUAAAUUUCAACAAAAAAUCUCCUUUUUUCAGAAAGCCCGUAGACUAGAUUUUUCGUUACUUGAAAAAAAUAAUAUUCCCAAUGACAAAUCUUCAGCGCCAACAAUAAUAUUUCUAUCAGUUUGUGGUUUGGCUUUUUCAGUAUAUUUUAUGGUUUUAAUUGCGAAGAAGAAAACUAGAAACGACUACAUUUUACUGGAAUAA